AUGAAGUUUGUUGCGUUAAUCUCCGGCGGUAAAGACUCGUUUUUCAACAUCUAUCAUUGUUUAUCACAGGGUCAUGAAUUAGUUGCAAUUGGGAAUUUGUACCCGCAAGAUGAAUCUAUCGAUGAAAUUGAUUCAUUCAUGUUUCAAACCGUGGGGCAUGACAUCAUUGACUACUAUAGUCAAUGCCUCGAAGUCCCACUUUAUAGACAAAAAAUUGUGGGCAAAUCAUCAAAUCAAAAUUUGGAGUACCUGCACACGCAAAACGAUGAGAUUGAAGACUUGUUCAAACUAUUAUCAACUAUCAAGCGUAAACAUCUGGACAUCGAGGGAGUGAGCUGUGGAGCUAUUCUAUCACAUUACCAAAGGACAAGAGUGGAGAAUGUAUGCGACAGGUUGGGCUUGACGUCGUUGACAUAUCUUUGGCAAAGGAACCAAAAUGAUUUAAUGUUGGAAAUGUGCGAGAGUGGGCUUGAUGCUAGGCUUAUCAAAGUUGCAGCCAUUGGGUUAAAUGCAAAGCAUUUGGGAAAACCAUUGCAGGAGGUAUAUCCCCAUUUGUUGAAACUUAAUCAGAUGUAUGAUGUUCAUAUUUGCGGGGAAGGCGGUGAGUUUGAAACAAUUGUUCUUGACUGCCCAUUCUUUAAAACUAAAAAACUCGAAAUUGUCGAGCAGAAAGUUGUGACUCACCCCGGGGACGUGUUUUACUUGAAGUUGAAAGUCCAAAUAGUUGAUAAGCAAGAGUCUCUGUUCCCUCUUUUACUGCCACCGCCUUUACUUGAACAUGGGCUAGCAGAUGCAACGCAAUCCGAUCACUUGCACGACGAUGUGGCUGCACCAAGUCCAAUGUCAACUUACAGCACCUACACUCCACUGGUGAGUGUUGUCGACACGCCCAGCAAACUCUUUGUUAGCAAUAUCACAUCAAAUGUUGGAACAGUAGAGGGUCAGACUGAGGGUAUUUUUAAACACUUGCAUUCAAUAUUGAAAGAAUACGCUCUUACGUUCAAUGACAUCCAACACGUCAAUGUAUUGCUUUCCGAUAUGACACUAUUUGCGAGAAUGAACAAAAUUUAUGCUACCUUCUUUGCUGACAUUUACUUACCACCGUCGAGAAUCUGUCUUGAGACUGAGAUAUCCACGACAAUCCAAGUGUCUUGUAUUAUCCUUAAAAAGAUACAUCCCAAAACUGGGAUACAUGUACGGUCAAGGUCCUACUGGGCUCCACAAAACAUCGGCCCAUAUUCCCAAAGUAUAAUUGAUUUGCAGAGGAAGUAUAAGCUCGCCAGUUUGUCGGGACAGAUUCCGUUGAUACCAGCAACUAUGACUAUUUCGGAAAAUAAUAUUGCAUUUAAUACAGCACUAUCGCUUCAGCAUUUGGAUCGCGUGGAGGAGGUGAUUGGAGUAACCAAUCCAGCUCUGAUUAUUUGCUUUGUUACUAAUAGUGCAUUUGUACCUAUUGUGGUAGAUUGUUGGAAUCAUUAUGCAGACACGAGGGAGCGUGUAUCGACAUCAUUGCGAGAAAACUUGGUAAUCGCAGAAGUGAGUGCUUUACCUAGAAGCGCAGAUGUUGAAUGGGGUGGAUUCAGUUGCGAAGAGUUAUGUGCCAGCUAUGAUGAUGAUGAUGAUGAUGAUGAUGAUGAGGCAGCCACCAUCUUUGAGGAACCAAAGUUUGAUUCUUUUGAAUACUACAACACUUGUUCUAUUGCAAAUGGAUCCUACAGGUUUAUAUCACUAUUCACUUCCGACAUCAAUGUGGUUCAAGAUUUUUUGAAAAAUCAACUGUCGUUUGUUACAUUGUUGACAAGUGAAUUUUUGCAACACUCGCAAUUUGAGUACUUUCCUGUUCGCAAAGUUUACAAUGUGGAAGGCAAGGAGUACAAAUUUUGUCUCAUUGUACGGCAAGAAGAGUCGUCCAAGACAUAUGGUGGUUGA